GGGACAAGAGGCGUUUAGAGGAGGAAGCAGCCCCGGACAUGCACCGAGCUAACUCCAGCUAGCUUUUUGUUGACAGUGCGGCUGCUGUCAAACAGGACCUCCAUUUAAACGGAUAUUUUCUGUGUCACCUCGUAUUUUAACACCCAGGUUUUCACGCGUGCCUGUGAUCCAUGUUACUUACAAUUUAGUUAAAAGUUUGUAUAUCUUUUGGACCACAUGUGGAGCUAAACUAUGGCAUCAAGAGGAGGCUUCUCGAGUCCGCAGAUGAACCCAAAUAUGAAUCUCAUGAAUGUGCCUCAUGCAGCGGGUGUGAGGAUGCCACAGGCCCCGGCGGGAUACCUCCGGAACAUGAGCACUGGCCCGCAGUACCCCCAGUGCCCGGGGAUGCCACCCAGUGGAGUCAGGGGCCCCAUGGGAUCAAUGGGGGGUCAACUCCCUGGCCCUUCUUUUGGUGGUGGGAACAUAUCCAUGCGUCCUGGAAUGGGACCCCCAACUAUGGACCCCUCAAGGAAACGCUUUCUACAGCUUCAGCAUCAGCAACAACAGGAUUCUGUGGGAGGCCCAAGACGUGGAGGGGCCAAAAAACGUAAGAUGGCUGACAAGGUCCUCCCUCAGAGGAUCAGAGACCUUGUUCCUGAGUCCCAGGCUUAUAUGGAUCUGCUGGCCUUUGAAAGGAAACUUGAUCAAACCAUAGCUCGAAAGCGAAUGGAGAUUCAAGAGGCCAUCAAGAAACCCAUCAUGCAAAAGCGCAAACUCAGGAUCUACAUUUCAAAUACAUACACCCCCAGUAAGCCUGAGGGCGAGGAAGCCGAGAAAGUGUCUUCGUGGGAACUCCGGGUGGAAGGCAAACUUCUGGAAGAGCCAGGUAAACAAAAGAGGAAGUUCUCGUCCUUCUUCAAGAGUUUGGUGAUUGAGUUGGAUAAAGAGCUCUAUGGACCGGACAAUCACUUGGUGGAGUGGCACAGGAUGCCAACAACUCAGGAAACAGACGGUUUUCAGGUCAAACGACCUGGAGAUGUGAAUGUCAAAUGCACUCUUCUCCUUAUGCUUGAUCAUCAGCCCCCUCAGUAUAAACUUGACCCGCGUCUGGCUCGUCUGCUGGGCGUGCACACACAGACUCGGGCCAGCAUCAUGCAGGCUCUUUGGCUCUAUAUCAAAAACAACAAACUGCAGGACAGCCAUGAGAAGGAGUACAUCAACUGCAACCGCUAUUUCAGACAGAUCUUUGGUUGCCAUCGCAUGAGGUUCUCAGAGAUUCCUAUGAAACUUGCCGGCCUUUUGCAGCACCCAGAUCCGAUCAUUAUCAAUCACAUGAUCAGUGUGGACCCCACAGAUCAGAAGAAGACAGCAUGCUAUGACAUCGAUGUGGAGGUGGACGACCCACUGAAGGGCCAAAUGAACAGCUUCUUAUCCUCCACCACAAAUCAACAGGAGAUUGCGGCUCUGGAGAUGAAGAUCCAUGAAACGAUAGAAUACAUAAAUCAGUUAAAGACCGAGAGGGAUUUCAUGUUAAGCUUCAGCAAUAAUCCACAGGAUUUCAUACAGGACUGGCUCAAAUCGCAGAGCAGAGAUCUCAAGCUAAUGACAGACGUGACUGGAAACCCUGAGGAGGAGAGAAGGUCAGAGUUUUAUCAAGAAGCCUGGGUCCCAGAGGCUGUGGGCCGAUACGUUUACUCAAAAGUUCAACAAAGACGACAGGAGUUGGAGCAGGUGUUGGGGAUCCGCCUUACCUAAGGACAUAAACAUUGAAUCUAAAUGUUACUUGUGCUAAAACAAAAAGCUUGAUCAGAAUCAUGUGGAUGUUGCAGGUUAAGAGUCUAAAAGCCAUCUUUGUAAAUAUUAUAUACUGGGAUAACUGGUGCCUUGUUUGUUUUAAAAUCAAAAUUUUAUUGGACCAAAGUGCAAGUGUUCAUGAUCAUUAAUUACUUAGUUGUUUUGUACUUGUUUGUACAAAUUACAGCAUUGAUUGUGUUUAUAUAUUAUGUGAAUGAUACAUGUAACAUCCACCCUUAAACCAUAGGCAUUGGUGCUGUUUAAACUUUUAAUCGGUUAUGGAUAGUUAAUUUCUUGCAUUGUUUCAUUUGAUGUUUCUCUUCCAUCUAAAUAUCUUGUAUUGAGCAGCAAAAUUUUAAUCUCAAUCUCUUUUUUUUUAUUUGGCCAUUUAUGUCAUCAAUGGUCUUUGUACUGUGAAGAUUAACAGAAAAGAGUUUAUGCUCAUCUUUUUACUGUCAGGGUUAUAUCUUGUGUUAAUAGUGGCAGCAAAUGUAAAUUGUUUGUUGUUAAUGUUUCUGUUGGGUAACUUGAAUGGUUUUAUACAAGGUUUCUAUGGGAUCUUCUGAACAUUCCAGGUUCACAUAUGCUGUGCCAUUUUUUUCCACACGUUUUUGUUCAUCUGCAUGUUUUGUAAUGACAAUCAAAGAGCUAUAUCUUUUAUAUAUCUGGAUUUUUACAAUAAACAUAUUUACCAUUA